AUGAAAAAAGCGCUUCCCGUUCAAGAAUUCCAUGCUGAUUACGCAGGUAGGAUAGGGAUACGCUGUCCAGCGUACCACUUCGACUGCGAUCUCAACAAGCGUAUGCCGCUGUGUGUGCCAGUAGGGGCGUUGAGAAACUGCCGGCCUGAUUGCCCAAAUAUGUCUGAUGAAUGGUGCGGAAUCGGCAGAAUUCUUUGCGAUACGGCAGUUCGCGGUCUACCUUGCGGACGAUGUGUGACCUUUGAGGAAGCUCACGCAAAGUGUCGUGACAUAAAAUGGAAAGCUCUAUGUGAUGUGUCUGGAACCGUGAAAUGUGCUACCACAGAGAAUUGCGUACUUCCCCAGUGGAUUAUGGAUGGUAAGGAUGACUGUGGGGACGGAAGCGAUGAAGGUAUGCCAGUUAACCAAAUCUAAUG